ACUCGUGGUAUCUCCCGGUGACGUCACAGCCCUAUUUCGUAUCCCCCACCCCGCUGUCCGCUGCCCAGCUGUCGAGAGUGACCGUUUGGCAGCAGUCAACGAAAAUUUCCUCGAGAAACUAUCGCGAACGUGAAGGUCUCGCCGAAGGCUCCUCGCCAUAAUUAAAGAGCGCCGCAUCUUAACAAGUACAUGCACACGCACAUACGUAUACGCGCGCACGCACACAGCUCGAUCCAAGUCGGGAAAGCGCCGAGGUGAUCGUCAUCGCCAUCCUACAGUCAGGGUGGGAUCGAAUUCGUCCUUAUAAUAGUAUCGCGGGAAACAGGGCGACCUUCACAGGUGCGACCGAAGAGGCAAAAGGACGACGGACUGUCUCCUAUUUUCCUGCACUUUCGCCCUUUGUGCCUACCGCUGAUCCCACUUCUCUUUGUGCUCGUCGCAAAUCUGGGUCCUCGUCAGAAAUAACCCUCGCCGAAGGGAAGGAAAAGUGCGUAGGUACACUUGCACAGGUGCUGUGAUCUCUUCUGCGAGCCUAUCUUCCUGGCGGACGACGUACGUGAAGCGUAAAGGAGGAAAACUGCCCUCGUCGUCGUCGACGUCGUCGUCGCCGUCGUCGCCGUCGUCGCCGUCGCCGUCGCCGUCGCCGUCGUCGCCGUCGCCGUCGUCGUCGUCGUCGCCGUCGCCGUCGCCGUCGUCAUUCGCCUGGUCAUCAUCAUCAGCCUCGUUAGCGCAUAUAUUACACUUACGCUAGUACAUCAGAGAAGUGAGAAAGAGCAUCUCUCGUGCGAGCAUCCAUCAUUGUCAUUGUUUGGACACGAGAGUUAACCGGGAGGCCGGUAUAUAAGGAAUGUCCACCCCUGCGAGGAGAAGAUUGAUGAGGGAUUUCAAAAGAUUACAGGAAGAUCCUCCAACUGGAGUAUCAGGUGCUCCAACAGACAAUAAUAUUAUGAUAUGGAAUGCAGUUAUAUUUGGACCACACGACACUCCAUUUGAAGAUGGUACAUUUAAACUUACAAUAGAAUUUACGGAAGAAUACCCAAACAAGCCACCUACAGUGAGAUUUGUUAGUAAGAUGUUUCAUCCUAAUGUGUAUGCGGAUGGUGGAAUUUGUCUCGAUAUACUUCAAAAUCGUUGGAGUCCUACUUAUGAUGUCUCGGCCAUUUUAACAUCUAUACAGUCACUUUUGGACGAACCGAAUCCUAAUUCGCCAGCCAAUUCUUUAGCAGCACAAUUGUAUCAAGAAAACAAACGGGAAUAUGAAAAAAGAGUGGCUACUGUAGUCGAACAAUCUUGGCUGAAUUUUCAAGAGAGUCACACGGAGGAUUCCCGCUGACAUUAAGUAUAUAUUGCUUUUCACGAUUCGUAAAAAAAUGUCUCGCAAUUUCUUUAAUAUUAAAAUUGUGUUCAUCCUCUCUCCCGUAUAUUAUAUAAUAAUAGUAAUGUGGUCUUUACACAUGUUAAAUUCUGUAUAUAUAUGUAAUAUCCUUUGAUAUUUUAUGAUCCGAACAUUCCAUAUAUUAAUUCAAAAUUCAUAUAGAAUACGACGAAACAAAUUUGUACGACUCUAACUUUAGGGGUACGUUCGAUUUGAACGCCUACGCUUAUAAGCGUUAUUUUUAACCGUCUUGUUUGCUGCUUAAAUUCUUAGGUGAGCAAGCAAAGUCGGUGAUUGGAAAGGAAUUAAUUUCUAUAUUAAA